AUGGGUUCUUUUCAAUUUAUCUCUAUAUUCAUUAUGGUCCUACUUUUCCCAUCAUCUCAUCCCAAAGCCAAAGGUGUCGCUUCAGAUUCUGCUAGUGAGGCGGCUGGUCUUUUGAAAUGGAAGGCCAGUUUUCAAAACCAGAACAAUAGCUUGCUAGCCUCGUGGAACCUCCAACCCAUCAGCGGCAAGAAUUCUUCCAACCUUCCAUGCACUUGGGCGGGUAUUUCAUGCAUUAAUGGAAGUGUCAACAGGUUGAAUCUCUCAGAAUACAGCAUAAAAGGUAGCCUUUAUGACUUCCCAUUUUCAUCCCUCCCAAAUCUUGAAUAUCUUGAACUUAGCCUGAAUCAGAUCUUUGGCAGCAUACCUCGUGAAAUAGGUAACCUGUCCAAGCUCAUCUAUCUUGAUUUCUCAGUUAAUGAGUUGUCACAAGAAAUCCCACCUGAAAUUUGCAACUUGAGAAACUUGACUCAUUUAGCUCUCGGAAGUAAUCAACUUUCAGGUCCAAUUCCAUCAGGAAUUGGAACUCUGCAUAAUCUGAUUGAACUUUAUCUGGACAACAACACUUUGAUAGGUUCAAUUCCAGCCACUUUUGGUAACCUCACUAGGCUAGUUAACUUAUACCUUUUCCAUAAUCUCCUAUCUGGUCCCAUUCCUCCAACGAUCAGGGAUAUGAUCUCACUUCAGUUUCUUAUUUUGUCUCAAAAUAAUCUUUCUGGUGGAAUCCCAAAUUCGCUUGGAACUUUAUCCAAUUUGAUUGGUCUAAUUCUCUAUGACAAUCAACUUUCAGGUCCAAUUCCAAAGGAAUUGGGUGAUCUAAAACUCCUUACAAAUUUGGAAUUAGGCGAGAACCAACUUAGUGGUUCCAUUCCUGUUUCAAUUGGUAACUUGAGUAACUUGGCAAAACUGUUUCUCCCAAAAAACCAGUUUUCUGGGUCCAUUCCACAAGAGCUUGGAAACUUGAAAAAGUUGGCAAUUUUGGUAUUGGAUCAAAAUCAGUUCUCUGGUCCAUUGCCAGAAUUGCUAUGUCAAAAUGGUUCACUCCAAAUCAUUUCUGUAUCUGAGAACAUGCUUACAGGUCCAAUCCCUAGAAGCUUGCAGAAUUGCUCAAGCUUAGUUAAGGCCAAUUUCAACGAGAACAAUUUCCAUGGAAACUUGUCAGAAAUGAUCUGCAUCCAUCCAUUCCUGGACUUCAUAGAUCUCAGCAACAAUGAGUUCUACGGUGAACUCUCCAGCAACUGGGUUGAAUGCAAAAUCUUGAAAACCCUGAUAAUUGCAAAGAAUAACAUCACAGGUGGUAUACCUUUAGAAUUUGGAAAUUUAUCUCAACUGCAUGCACUUGAUAUUUCUUCAAAUUUUUUAUCCGGGGAGAUACCAAGGGUAGUGGGGAAGUUGACCUCUAUGCUUAAACUAGAUUUACAUGACAACCAAUUUGUCGGUGGUGUACCUCAGGAAUUGGGAAUGCUAACCGAACUUCUUUACCUAGACCUAUCCACAAAUUCCUUGAAUGGAUCUUUUCCAGAACAUUUGGAAGAUUUGAAGCACUUGUUUUACAUGAACUUGAGCAACAACAUUUUCAGCCAAAAGAUUCCAUUCGAGAUUGGGAAGUUGACCCAACUUUCUGAACUAGAUUUGAGUCGAAAUUUGUUCACAGGAGAGAUACCAUCAGAGUUCCGAAGUUUGCAGAGUCUGGGAACAUUGGACCUCUCCCACAAUAACCUCUCUGGUUUAAUCCCAAAGGCUUUAGCAGAAUUGCCUGGUUCAUUGCAAAUUAAUAUUUCCUUCAAUAAUUUAGAGGGUCCAAUUCCAAGUGGCAGAGCCUUUGUGAAUUUAACGAUAGAAGAAGUAAAGGGAAAUAAAGGCUUGUGUGGCAAUAUUACAGGGUUACGAGCUUGUGAAAGUUCCUCGUUAAUCAAUAGUCAUGUCAAAAAUAAGAGGAAAAAACUUGUUCUCACAGUUGUAUUUCCUCUUCUGGGGUCAUUCAUACUUCUAGGUGCAUUCUUUGGUAUUCCCAAAUUGCGUGAUCAAAGGAAAAAAAUUUCAAGAAUUGAAGAUAUGGAUGUGAAGAAGUGCCAUUUAUUUGCCAUAUAUGGAUAUGAUGGCAAAGCAUUGUAUAAAGAAAUAGUAUUGACUACACAAGAGUUCAGUGAAGUAUUUUGCAUAGGGAAAGGAGGUUAUGGAAGUGUUUAUAGAGCACAGCUUUCAUCAGGGGAUGUAGUAGCUGUAAAGAGACUUCACAACAUGCCUGAGAUGGCAAGUCAUAGAAGUUUCUUGAAUGAGAUAAGAGCCUUGAUAGAAAUCAAGCAUCGAAACAUUGUAAAACUCUUGGGCUUCUGCUCCAACUCUCAGCACUCAUUUUUGGUUUAUGAGUAUCUUGAAAGAGGAAGUUUGGCCAAAAUCUUGAGCAUAGAAGAAGAAGCUAUUGAACUAGACUGGCAGAAGAGGUUGAAAAUCAUCAAAGGCAUCGCUCAAGCUUUAUCUUACAUGCAUCAUGAUUGUUCACCAGCAAUUGUACAUCGGGACAUAUCAAGCAACAACAUUUUGCUCGAUUCAGAAGACGAGGCUCAUGUUUCAGAUUUUGGCACUUCUAAGUUUCUGAAAAAAGACUCAUCUAAUUGGAGUUCUCUUGCAGGAACAUGUGGAUAUGUUGCACCAGAAUUUGCCUACACAAUGAAAGUAACUGAAAAGUGUGAUGUUUAUAGCUUUGGGGUCCUGACAAUGGAAGUAAUCAAAGGAAAACACCCCGGUGACUUGAUUGCUUAUCUAGUGUCUUCAAAGCCUGAGAAAAUAGAACUGAAAGACUUGUUCGAUCAAAGACUUCUGUAUCCCAAUCAAGAAAUUGAAAACAUUCUGGCAUCCGUUCUCAAAUUAGCAAGAGAAUGUCUACAUGUUGAUCCACAAUCUAGGCCAACAAUGCUCUUUAUUUCUAGGUUGUUAUCAACGGGUGCACCAUUUGUGUAACGUAUUGUACACAAUCUGUGUAACAAUUAUUGUAACAAUCUGUGUAACAUAUUGUACAAGACUACGAUGACCAUAUUAAUCUUUUUUCCUAA